GCGUUCCCAAACGGUUUCAGUAACUAUCAAGCGGCGCGUGGAGUUUGUUCGGUUUUUUGUGUUGUGAAUACGGUUCGUGUGAAUGAACGAGUGUGCUGCGAGCUUUGCAACCUUCCGAGGAGUACGAUGGAAGUACCUAGAGACGUUCUCAAAAUAGGCUGGUGAUACAAAUUAUUGACAGUUUUCGAUAAGUGUUUACUAAUUUUUCGGCGAUAAAUCGCCCUACCGCACGGCAAUGCCUAUCCUAGGAAAUGGCGGCGGCCGGUUCGUCACCAAAGUACUCACCAUGCUGGUACUGUGGUGUCUGCUAAUUUACACGGUCUUCCAGUUUCGAGAGAUUAAGCUCGAUGUUCCCAUGUCGCACCUUCACAGGAACAUUCUACAGAAAAGGUUAGAUAUAUUGACGAGACAUACGGAUUCGACUACCGAAAACAUCGACUUGGAGCCGUCAGUCGACAAAAGUCCGUCUUUGUCGGAAGACAAUCUGAUUGAGGACAUACAAAAACGGAUGCCUAAUUUGCCCAUAGUGUACUGGAACCAGAACAAGAACAAACCCAUGGGAUUAAACAACACUUGCGCCAGGUUUCCGAAUUUGUUGGACAUCGAAUUCAACAACAUCUACUGGCAAACCCUGCACACUAGCAACGGCACCUUCCAGCUGUACGGGGCUUAUUUGGAUAGGCGGAAAAAUAACAGACUGGGACCCACGGUCAGGAUUUUGGGCAUGAUCGAUCGAAUCGAACCGACAGUGACGACUUACUGUCAGUUCUGGUUCGACGGGAAAAAGGAUCCCGUGAUCACAAAGAGUUUCGAGUACAAGUAUAUCUGGUACAAAAAAUGGGGCAACUAUAAACAGGGCAUCUAUCAGCCGUAUUUGACAGCCUGCGUCAUACCCCAAAACUACAAAACCAAAGUGCCCCAGUCCAUUUCGCUGGUCGAGAAACAAUGCGACAACGCCACAAACAAUUUGAAAGUCAUUCAUAGCGAGCCCAAAACCAAAAAGGACUUUGCAGUCUGCGUGAAGGGAUUGGAUUUCCUUCACGAAGACUUAUCCGUUAGGCUGGUGGAGUGGAUCGAGCUGCUUCACUUGUUGGGCGCGGACAAGAUAUUCUUAUACGAGCUGCAGGUUCACCCAAACAUCACCAAGAUCUUAAAACAUUACGAACAGGAGGGGAAAGUUCAGGUGACGCCGAUAACUCUCGCCGGGUCUCAGCCGAAUGCACCCGCCUUCCAGCAUUUGUACUUAACGAAGAAAACGAACCACAAGAGACAAAACGAGGUGGUACCGUACAAUGAUUGUUUCUACAAACAUAUGUACGAGUAUAAGUACAUCGCUCUGUUGGACAUCGACGAGGUCAUUAUGCCUCUGGAAGGCGCGACGUGGAAAGAUUUGAUGGACAAAGUGUUGCCGAAGGCGCUACAAGGCAACAAGGAAGAACGCGCGUCCUACAACGUCCGAAACGUUUACUUUUUGGACGAUUUAAUACACGACCACGGGUGGUUUAAAGAAAUUCCAAAAUAUAUGCAUAUGCUGCAGCACGUCUACAGGACCAAAAACUUUACCAAGCCCGGACAAUACGUGAAAUGCUUCCACAACACCGAAAAAGUGCUCACGUUACACAAUCACUUUCCUUUAAGCUGCUUAGCAGGCGGCUGCACCACUUACCCCAUAGAGACGACCGAUGCGCAGUUGCAGCACUACAGGGCCGACUGUGUAAAGACGCUGAAGAAAACGUGCGAGGAGUUUAGGAAAACGUCCGUGAUGGACACGACCAUAUGGAAGUACAAGGAGCCGUUGAUAUCGCGGGUCAGCUCGACGCUGCGCAAAUUGGGCUUCUUUAGUAAUAGCGAUAUAAGUAAUAACGCGGUAAGAAAAAGGUAAUAGUAAUUGGCGGAAAAACUGCGAUCAGUGUAUAGACCCAAGAUCCGUAAACACAAUAGAUUACCGCGUCGAUACUAGGCGGUGACAUCACUCGGCGACCCAGCACUGGGAUUCCGAUUUUGCCGAUAUCGCUAGCGGUUUCUUAGGUAACAGCGAUGGAAAUUGAAAUCAGAAAUGGGGAUUUUAGAUAUUUUAAUCGAACAGCGAUGGAAAGGAAAAUCGACUAUCAAAAGUUGGGGAUUUUGGAUUUUUUAAUCGUUUAAUGUUGAAACUGAUUGUCGAUUGUCAUAUCGUUUCUCUCAUUAAAUAGUACUUUAUCUGUAUCGGAAUAUACAAGAGUUGGUAUAUAAUAUUUUCUUAAUUUUCUUAUGUUAGGUUAACCUAGUCGUAAUAAAAAUAUUAUGCAAUACCGAACAUGCAUUUACCAUGCAACUAACAACGUAUAGAUCGCAUGUUAGUCUUUUGUCACAUCUACACACAUCUAAAUCUUGCUUCAGGAAACCCAAUGCAUCGCUCGAAGCAUGUUCUUGUCAGUAUAUGCUGGUUAUCUUGUCCCAGGCGUACCAAGAUAAGCAUUUCUUGGGGGGGGGGGGGGUUAUCAGGUAUGAAUUCUGUGGAUAUCCCGAGUCCCCUAGCUUUUUGGUUACCUAGAAAAAAAUAUUAUUGUAUGGAAAAUCUAAAAAACGCUACAAUUAAAUUGAAACUAUUCAACACAAACGACUUAAUUAUUAUGUUUAAAACCUACCUGCAUUGUAUCUUGUUUCCAUUUCGUCCAUGCUAUUUCUAAUCAAUAAAUCAUGAGCAUUUAAAAUGUCAUCAUUUCGAUCUCAGAUCUGUUAAAAUUUGGAGAUUUGAAAUAAUUUGCCAUUGCACUUUGUUAUCGAACUAAACAACCAACAUUUUUUACCUUUACCUUUAACCAAGGAAUAAAAAAAAUGUUCAUUUAUAUCAGUUAACUUAAUGUAUUGACCAAUGUAAUUGCUGUUUCUCAUUUAGCUUCACAUAAAAUUACAAAUAUAACAUUAGCAAGCAACACUUUACUGUGAGAAGUGAAACCAUCGGAGAAUAUAUUCACAAAUUGUGUUUACGUAUCUUGGUAUAGACAGGCAAAUCUCUCCGAUUGCCAAGUUGUUAAAUAUAUAUGUCUUCUUUGAAUUUUCUAGGUCCCUUGUUACUAUUAUUAUUAUUACUAUUAUUAUUUAUUUCGCCCGAAAUUAUUUCUUCGACGGACUUUAGAUUUAGUUUUGUUUAAAUUUUCGCCAACAUCUUCCCGAACUUAAAACUUGAGUCCUUUUAUCCUAAGCGAAAUACUGACUGUUAUUUUUAUUUUAGGUAAAAUUUAUUUUUAGUUUAUUUGUGAUAUAGUUUUGUGUGAAUUGCGCCGCAGUGUUUGGCGGGGUAAAAUAGAAUUACAGGUUGUCAAAAAAAAAAUCUGCUUUGCCGAUGAAUGUUUCGUUCAAUGUUUUUUGGUAUUUUUAGUAAAACCCAACCCCAGAGGACGUAAAAAAAUCUCAAACUUUCUUGUUUAAAGUUUUUUUACAAACUCGGGGAACAUUUUUUUUUUCUUUAAUACAUUUGUUUAUGUAUAGAAAUAACUCUAUAUAAAAUAAAGAACACUUUAAGUUAUCAAUGCCAAUAUACUUUAAAAUCAGUGUUUAAAAAACGUCUUUUUUGUUUUUUAUGUUGAAUAAUUAACAUUUUAUUUGAUAUACCAUUUGAAUUUUAAAAACUAGAAAACUCUAAACUGAUUACAAUAUUAUAUUGGUUUAAAACUAGUGGCUAAAUGUUCUAUGAACAUACCGUUUAGCUUUAACAUCCCAAACCUUAGGAAAAAAAAGUUUCAAUCUUUUUGGUCACAAUCUAAUAAAAACAAUUCUAGACCAAAACUAAAAGUUACUAAAUAGUAACGGAUUUAUUUGCUUCUUUGAACGACUCGUCAUACGGCAAAAGUUUUGGGGAUCGCCUGAGUCCGGUCUUGGACAAACCUAACCUUUAAAAAAGAAAGCCACUUAAGUUUAAACUUAAUUUGCAUAUCGCCUACAAAGCUGGAAAAAAACUAUAUACUAACUUAAUAAAGUUAACCAUAGCCCGCAAAAGGAAGUAAAUUCAGCUAAUAAAGAAGUUUUUGAAAAUCUGCACAAUAGUAAAACGAACUUUAGUAACCUCAUUUUUCGUAAGAAGUUUUGUUUUGAAUGGUAACAAAAUGACCGCUUAAACUCGGCCGUUGGAUAUUCGACCCCCGUCAAGCACUGUAGACGUGCGUUUCGUACGAACAGAUGGAUAAUCGUUAAGCUCAAAGAAGUGCCUUUCCAUAAAAAAAUUACAUUCCAUACCGACACGUGCCUCCGAAAUUGAAUUUGAACAUACAUAUCGGUCUGGAUCAGAACUGCGUUUAUGAGAUCCUAUUAGAUUCGACAAUUUAUGUUUAGGAUUUGUCGUUUUGCUCAAUGUAGAUGUGGGUCGUCAAAAAGUGAGGAAAUUGGAUUUAAUCCAUCUGUAUACAUGUCGUGUAUAUAGUAAUUAAGAGUAGUCAAACUAUUGGACCACAAUUUCUCAAUAAAUUCUUGUACAUAGUGAAAUAUUGGCCACUUUACACACAUCUGGUGAUUUUUAGUCGAUACACUUUUGGUUGCUUAGUUUAACGCAUCGGGUUUGAAUUUUCACUGUAUAUAAUUCCAUAUAGGGUUUGAAACGAAGGCCGUUAGAUGUUGCCAUAUUUUGCAAUAUUUAACGGCUCUCAUUGUGCUUUUUUAUCUUACUUAUUUUGUAUAGUAUUAUUAUGGGAAUCUAGUGUGUCUUUAAAUAUUAUCAUAUUUGAUGAGCAGUAACCAUUGUUAUAGAAGUGCGAGAAGAAGUAUAGUCAAGUCUGUUUCUUCUGCAAAUCGUGUCGAGUAUUAGCUCGACUUAAAAAUCGAAGAUUACGGCUGUUAAAUUCCGUUAGGACGUAAGACUUACUAUUUAAAUAACCGAUGCCAGUGUAUAUAGUGUUACUUGCGAUAAGUAUUUUCCAAAUACAGGUAAAGAUGUCGUGCCUUAAACUUUUUGAUUGAAUGCUGUAAAGGUAUUAUUUAUUGUGUUUAAUUUAUACAAAUAUACUUACUUAGCGAACAAAAAUUUCUUUAAACAAUGAACCCCUAUAAGCAUAUGUUAACGACUAGAUUUGGAAUAACCCCAAACGAGCAUUAUGUUUUAGUUUUCGCAUAUUGUUUUUUGAUAGUCGACUGUCGAACCGCAAGGACAGAUUACAGUCGUUACAAAACUUUGUUUUGUUUUUGAGAGCGUACUCGGAUGAACAGUCAACAUUGUCGUCUAACUAUUGAGGAUAAUACCAACCGCCAAAAAAAAGUAAUCAUUCACUAUUAACAACCUCGUUGGAUGUUGGUAAUGGGCGAAUGAUCAUAAUGAUGUUGCCCAAGUAUUUGUGCAACUAAUUAGAAGAAGACAGCUAAGCAGUGCAUCUAGACAGUGGCCUUCGGCAACGAAAAACAGAGCAAAGGUCAUCGUCUAGAACUUUGUUUUGCGAAAAAGAACUGAAAAAUGCUUCUAGCAAGUGAUUAAAAUUAGGAUACACGUCGGUCGUUUUGUGAAGCAUGGACGCAUACAAUUUUAGGCAGUCGAGCAUGGUUCUCCUUUCUCCGGUAAGUGAAGUAAACAUGGAACUUAUUUUAAUAUUUAGGCUCGAACAAUGUCAGCCUAAUUGUAAAACGACCAGUGCUUUAUUUUUUGGACAAUAAUAUCUACUUACUCAGUUAGAUUGAAAACAAUAACGUUUAAUAUAGUUCAAUUAGAACGCCAUGGAUUUUUAUAAUCUCCAUAUUUUGGUAGUUUUGCAAUUAGCGUGACGAUGUGUACAAAACUAUUGUUAUAAAUUUGCAGUUUGCUCAGGACUUUGAUCCGUGUUUUCAACCUAUCGAGUAGGACGACUGCCUUUUUUGGAAUUUAAGCUGCUAAAAAAAACGCUUUUUAGCCUUAGGAGUUAUUGUGUGUACACGGUGGGGCAGAUUAAACAUAUUUUUCGCACAUUUUUUUCAUUUUGAAGUUAAUUUUGUUUUGAUUACAACUGAAUGAAACAAUAAUAAUACACUUUUGAAUGUUGAAAGUUUCAGUUUCUGUGUGCUGCUAGAGUCAAAACAAAAAUCCUUUGCAUUGUGAAGUUACCUGAACUGUACUACAUAUGAACCAAAGUUGCUAUUCUUCAAAUAUACCAGCACCUAGGGAGGUUGGUUUGACCAUAAAGAAUAACGACAUUGAAAAAUUGAAAAUUAUUAUUUCAUUUAGAUCAGAACAAAAUGAUCUGGGAAAUAAUGUUAAGCUUAUGAGAAAAAUAUGUUUUUUUUGCAGCACAUUGUAUUAUAUGAUAUUUAUUUUUCAAUCCCAGAUUUAAUCUUACCAGAUGUCCGUCGUUUAGUUUGAGAUUUCUGCUUAUCUUUUCAUAUUCACGCAAUGUAUGUUAUGUUUAGGAGUGAAGACAACCAAUUUUUGGAAACGCAGACAAGUCAUCAACAUAGGAUUCCUGGUUGUGCGCAUUCUUUGUUCCGCACAUAAACGUAAACGACCACUCGUUUAUGGUGAAUUCGUUUAUUAUAUAAAAUAAAUUGCAUCUAAUUAG